AUGUCACUCUCCGGCUCGUAAAGCUUUUAAAGUGGCUAACGGGUCGCUAACGCUAGCCGUGCAGUUCUCUCCAUUUUCUCUUCCGAAGAAGAAGCUUCGUUUCCCAUUAGGGUUAGGGUUUCAGUGUUUUCUCUUCGGUAUACCUGCCACGCUUUCCUUUGUUGUUUCUCUUGCUCUCCGACAGCUAUGGAGUCUGCUCUAGUGAUCAAGGUGAAAUAUGGGGAUACCCUCCGGCGCUUCACUGCGUCUGUGGACGAGAUUAAUCGACUGGAUCUCGACAUGGUUGGGUUGAGACAGAAGAUAUGUUCUAUCUUCGGUUUCAGUGCUGAUGCAAAUUUAGUUCUGAGAUAUGUUGAUGAAGAUGGCGACUUGGUGACUCUGGUUGAUGAUGAUGAUUUGCGUGAUGUGAUGAGGCAGCAAUUGAAAUUCUUGAGAAUUGAGGUACUUAUGAACAAUGAUGGCGGUGCUAAAUCGACUGCUUGGUCUACUGGAAGUGCCACGCCCUUAAAAUCUCCUUCUGUCACAAACCCGCCUCUGGGUAGAAAUACUAUAUUACACGAGGCUCUAUCUAAAUUGUCGCUUUCAAAAGCAGCAUCUUCGACUCCCGUGGUUGAUAAUAUUGCCAAUUCAAUUUUGAAAAUAGGACAAUCUGUUCUAAAUUCUCAUUUCCAGCCUCGUGAUGCAGCUGGUACAAGUUCAAAAACGGGUCCUGAAGAACAUGCCACUUCUAAGGCAAAAGGUUCUCAAUCUUCAUAUGUGGACUCAGCCUCCAAUUCUACUGUCCAUGGUGAGAGUGCCACUCCCUUGAGAUUUCCUGUUCCAAACCCAUCUCUAAGCCCAAAUGCAGAUAAAGUUGACAUUUCAUCUCCUGUGCCCGAUCCAGUACGUGAGCUUAUUUCCAAUCUAUUGUAUCCAAAUGAUGCAUCUUCUAGUCAGCUGCCUGUUAAUCUUGCUGAUUUAAUUUCCCUAGUGGGACAUUCUGUUUUAAAUUCUUAUUGCGAGCCUCUUGUUGCAACUGGUCCAUUCUCUAAAAAUGGUGUUCCUGAAGAACCUAUCUCUGGUGAAGCAAGAGAGCCACAAAUGCCAUCUGUGGACUUGGCUUCCAAUUGCACUCAACAUGUGGAGGCUGAAAACCUAGUUAUAGAUGCAGCCUCUGCUUCUAAUCCCACUCAACAGGUGGAGACUGAAAACAUAACUAGAGAUGUAGCCAGUCAACAUUUGGAAGCUGGGAAUGUAAUCAGUGCAACAACAGCUGCGGAAGUUGCCACAGUUGAUCUCAAUAUCCCUCCUUGUGAUCCCUAUUCAUCUCAGUCCACAAAUGUGAAUAAGGCUCCACUUUCAUCAGAAGUCCCUGAGGGUGAUUGCAGGAAGGGUAAAAUGUCAACUGUCUAUAGUUCUGCUGGUAAGGUUGACAGCAGUGGUACAUCCUCAAGUCCUGCUGGUCCUAAUGAUACCUCAACCCAGACUACUUCAUGGAAUGCUGGUGGUUUCUUUGAAUGUCCAUUUUCUGGGACAUAUAUUAAUUCUUGGACACCACAUUUUGGAAACUCUCAAAUGCCCCCAUUUAAAAGGAGCCAUCGUCACACUGAGGCAAUGACCGGUAUGUUCCACAAAGGUGUGCGUUGUGAUGGUUGUGGUGUCUAUCCAAUAACUGGACCUCGGUUCAAAUCCAAAGUGAAGGAAAAUUAUGAUCUCUGCCACAUUUGUUACAACGAAAUGGGUAAUGGGACAGAAUAUAUCAGAAUGGACCGUCCGGCAUCUGCUCGUUUCCCUCGAUGUGUAUAUGAGCAAUCCAAAAACUUUCCAACAUUACCGCCUCAUACUUUUAAGAAAAGUGCCAUUUUGAAGCAUCCAAGACCAAAGUUAGAUAGUCAGUUCAUUUUGGAUGUCAAUGUGCUAGACGGUACAAUGAUGGCUCCAUCUACUGCAUUUACAAAGAUCUGGCGGAUGCGCAAUAAUGGCACUGUAGCUUGGCCCAAGGGAACUAAACUUGUUUGGAUUGGAGGAGACAAGUUCAGUGACUCUCAUUCAGUUGACUUAGAGGUUCAGGAUGGUGUCCCUAUAGAGAAGGAACUUGACAUUGCAGUUGACUUUACAGCACCUCGGAGACCUGGUCGAUACACAUCAUACUGGAGGUUGGCAACUUCAUCUGGACAUAAAUUUGGCCAACGUGUUUGGGUCCUUGUACAGGUUGAUGCCUCUCUCAAGGACUCAUUUUAUGAUAACUCUCAAGGAUUGAACUUGAAUAUUCCACUUGAUGUCAGUGGAUCUGAAGGACCUCUGCUCAUAGAUAUCAAUGUUAGGCCUGCCGAGGAUGAUACUUUUCUUCAAACCCGCAUUCCUAAUGCUCUGAUUCAACCUGCUGAACAGGUUGAUAAGGAACCAAGGUUGGAACUGGAAAAGGGAUUCCCUAUAAAUGAAGCUACAUUUGUUGGCCCUUCUGCCUCAGCCCCUGCAGCAACCUCCCUGGCACCUUCUUCAAUCUCUUAUCCUAUUAUUGAUUUAUCUGAAGCAACCCCAGCUGUUCCCUCUGAUCAGCAAUCCUCCACUGUGGAUGUAUCAUCAUCAUCUAUUAUGGGGACUGGUGGAAUUAACUCUCUGGAGGAGAGUCUACUUAAAGAACUUGAGGCGAUGGGUUUUAAGCAGGUUGAUUUGAACAAAGAGGUCUUGAGGAUGAAUGAGUAUGAUCUGGAACAAUCCAUUGUCGAUCUAUGUAGUGAUGUCUAUAAUGUUUCUGAGUGGGACCCUAUCCUUUUAGAGUUACAAGAGAUGGGUUUCCGUGACCAAGAGAUGAAUAAGAGGUUGCUUAAGAAAAACAAUGGAAGCAUAAAGCGUGUUGUUAUGGAUUUAAUCCAAGGAGAGUAGAUUUUAUUAAAAUGUGGGUUAGUAGUUAAUGUAAAGUUGGCGACUAGGUGCUCCUUGGGUGCUUGACAUUGGUCAGGUAGACAUAUUUAUCUAAUUUCGUAUCUAUUCCCGGUCUUUGUGUUGUGGUGAUAUUGCCAUCACAAUCCAGUGCCGGAUUCAAGUAUGUUUGAACUACUAUGCUUUCCUAUGUAAUUAAUUAUAUUGCCAUCGCCAC